ACCGGAAACUAAUAUUUAUAUUUUUUAAAAAGAAUGCAAAAAAAUCUUUUAUCGGGCUCAACAAUCUAAAACCCCGAUAUUUUUAGUAGCUCUAAAACCCUGAACUCCGAUAUUUUUAGUAGCUCUAAAACCCCUAUAUUUUAGCUCUAAUUUUCGUUAUUAAACCAGUAGCCGUAAGGGAUAUUAGUUUUGGUUCGUCUGAUUUAAAAAAAAAAUCCUGCUUUGGUAGGGGUUCAUAAUUCUUUCCCUGCAAACUCACCAUUUCUUGUGUUGUAUUUCAUUCUGAAACAAUUCUGUUGUUAUCUGUUAAAUGACGGCAUUGAGUCUGUGGUAUGGUUGUUUUCAUAUAUGAUAUUAUUGUGAUACCUAGUGUUUCUUUCUUGGGACUGGAUCCUAAAGAGUCCUCCAUAUUCGGAGCAGAGCAAAGAAGAGAUGGUGCGAUCUAACAAGAAAGCAAAACAUACCGGUGUGGAUUUCAAGAAAGUAAAACAUAAAGUUGGAAGACGGUUGCCUCCUCCAAAAAAUGCUACGAAAGUUGAAGUCAAAACAAAAGCUAUUAUUCUGCCGGAGCAGAGCUUGGCAGUGGAGAAAAAAGGUUUGGCUGUCAAUAGGAAGCAACAGACAUUAAAAGAACUUCUGAUGCAGACUACUCAUCAUAAUGCAAAUGUUAGGAAAGAUGCUCUGUAUGGUAUAAAAGAUUUGUUUAUACGACAUCCAAAAGAAUUAAAGUUGCAUAAACUUGCUAUAAUUGAGAAAUUAAGUCCUCGUAUCAGUGAUGCUGACAAGGGUGUGAGAGAUUCAUUAUUUCUACUCUUUAAGUUGGCAGUGUUUCCAGGUCUUGAAGAGGUUGUGAUGGGACCGCUUAUUUCUAUAAUUAUGGCACAUAUCUUUAAUGCAAUGACUCAGCUGGCAACAAACAUACGUCUAAUGGCAUUCAAAUUUCUGGAUCUUGUUGUACAGCAUUACGAAUCAACUGUUAUUACUAAUUAUUCUGUUAAGGUUUUGCAGUAUUAUGUAGAUAUAUUAGGAAAAACUGGAAGUUUCUUUCAGGAUAAAGGAAAACUAAUGGAUAUCCUUGCUGGCUUGAUUCGUUACUUGUCUUCUGUGCAUUCAAGUAUGCAGCCAACAAACUCAUCACCUGAUCAAGGUAAAAGCCAAUUGGUUACCCUGCAUGGAUACAAAUGCAUUGUGCCUAAGAAGGUUGUAGCAGUUGGCAUUACGAAUAUUGCUGAAGAUGGGAUUUCUGUUAUUGAAAGCUUGCAAUCACUAUUACCAGUUUUACUUGAAGAAUGGGCAGAGUGUAGUCCAUCAGUUUGCUCAUUACCUAAUCCUGAUAAUCUUUGUCUCCAAUGUAUGCUUUUCAUACUCCAGGGAUUUUUUCUUAUAUUUAAGUGCACGAGGACAGAACCAUAUGGUUCAAAUGAAACUAACUAUGGAGCAUAUGGUUCAAAUGAAUCUUCCUAUGGAGCUGGAUUGCCAACAAUGCAAAUGGAUGUGGAGAUGAAGAAGUGGGUUAAGACCAUCCUCCCUUUCCUUGUAGACCGCUUGUUUACAUUGUUCCCAGUUAGCCCAUCAUCUCAUUGUUCAUAUAAGGUUCAAGAACAAUUUGUUGCAUUAAAUACUGGUAUCUGUAAUGUUGCAUUGGAGAUUGCUCAUUGGGUUGGAAUUGAUUGUCUUCCAACUGAACAAAUUUUUCAAUAUAUGAAGGAUUCUCUGGAAGGCCAGGUAAUGCCAACACACCAUAGCAAGUCUGUUGAAAAGUACACCCUUUCAUUAAUUUGUUUUAUUCCGAGGAUUGUAUCUCAAGUAGCAGAAGGCUGGAAAGAAAGACUGUUGAGGGCUUUUACUCAGGCAUUUACAAGCUGUAAGCCAAAUUCAAGCAUGAAACUUGCAUGCCUAUCUUCAGUUGAAGAGAUGCUUUUACAUGAUGUGGAAGAUACUACUCUUGAAGUGUUUCAAAGGGAAUGGAUUCGUUUGCUUCCAAAACUAUUAUGGGAGUUGAAACAUGACAACCCUGAUUCAUCAAGAUUAGUUCUACAGGUUCUUCUUCACAUUGGUCGUUCGGCAACUGCAGAUUCUUUGUUGUGCAAAGAGUAUACAGAACUACAACCAACACUUAUGCCAUUUUUCAGUAUGCAUCUUCCAUUGGAAGAUAAUAAAGUGAAAAUGCUAUAUGGUCCAUUCAUAAAACUUCCAAAAGUUUGCCAAGAGCUUGCUAUUGAUUCUCUAUAUUAUUACUCCAGUUUCUCUUCUACUUUCCUUGAAGCCUUGGCCCGUUGCUGCCUAUAUAGCAAGCUUGAUAUAAGUAUAGUGUCACGCAUUAUUCAAGUGUUGCAGAGAGUAUUUGGUAGAGGCUGUAUAAAGAUAGCAGAUCAUCUUAGCUUCUUGCUUACAUUAAUUGUAUCUUGCAAGGUUAUUCAUGAUAAUUCUCAAAAUUGUUCUGAAGUCAGUGAAAUUGAUCCCGACUUAAGUAUUGGCUUUGGAAAAUACAAGGUUGUUACUCGCAUAGUUUGUUUAUGUCUCUCAGAAUUGGGGGAUGAAAGUCUUGUGCUGGGUCUAAUCCAGCCUCUAAUUUUCCAAGAACUGGCUCACAAACCAUCCCUUGAUAUCACUUGCACUUUGCUUAGGGUAGUUGUGGUUCUCAGCUCCAGAAGCAUGCAACUUCCUGUCCAGCUUAUUCAUGAUUUGCCUCAUUAUAUUUAUCAGUACUUGCUAGAUAUUGCUCAUGACUGCAUGAUCAAUGAAAAUAGCCAAAAAACAAUUGGUGGUUGUUCACAUUAUAUUCUUCCCUGUAUUUUUCUCUUCUCUAGGAGUGAGAAACUUACAAGUUUUGUGUUUGGACUUUUAGAGUCUUCUUCAUUGGAAGGUUAUGAAUCCAAAUCUGUACAGGUCAAGCAUCUAUGUGCUGUAUCAUGGGUUGUAAUACAACUUUAUAAAAUUGAACGCAUUCAUUAUCGAUUUUCAAAGUGCCAGUCAUCAACUAAGGCUAUAAUAAAGAAUAUCAAUGCACGUCAGGUUUCUCUAUUUACGAGUAUAUCUAAAGAAGAAAAAGAGACAUUAAUGAAAUACCACAGCCAAUUGAAAGUCACUACCAGUGCAGUUCACAAGUGGAAUGAGAAGGAAAUUUGAAAAGAGAACAAUUUUUCUCAUUAGAUACGCCAACGAGCUAGAUUGACUAUACUAGAUAUUAUAUCCUUGGAAAUAUGCUGAAUGUUCUCUUGUAUGCAUUUUAAUAUUAAUCAAUGGAAUAUCAUCCUUUUAAUUUAUUUUUCUACCGCUGGAAUGUGACUGAAAAUUAUGGAGUGACGAAGAUGAUAGACUAUAUUUAUAAACGUGUACAAGAAUCCAAGUUGCUUAUUGUAAUUCUGGGUCAACCUGGCUGUUUUAAAUGAGAUUCAUGCGCAAAGUUAGUUUAUGUGAGUUCAGCUUAUUAUGUAAUCUCAUUGACAGUCUGGUGACUGUGUUUUUGUAAUUCUUUAUUGUUUUUUUUUAAUAAUAAUAAAAAUAAAUCUAUGUUCUCCA